UCGUCCUCCAUCCCUCCGCCUCUACGUGCAUCUCUGAUAUUAUCUCGUCAUCCCCUCAUCCGAAGGACCCCAUCGACUUUGGAGUUAACCUAUCAUGCCCACUCGUCUGCACUACGUCGAGCCAUCUCCAAUCCAGUUCCUGAGAACGUCUACUUCUCAAAAGGUUCGUUGGCUCAUCGUCGGUUUCAAAAAGCAGAGUACGAGCGCGAGAAGGAAGCAUUCGGCGCGGCCAUAGCAGGGACACCCCCUGCUGUCGGUGAUAUUCCGCCAGAGAGACCAUUGGAGAUUCUGGAAAGAGAUCAUUGGGCCAAGCUUGACGCUGAGCGAGGGGAGAGAAGUCUAGAGAGGCACCCAGAUCAAGAGAUAUUCUGCCUGAUCAAGGAGAAAGAGAGCAAGAAGUGGGAAUUCCCAACUCGAACAUUGAAGGAGAAUGACAGCCUGCAUACGGCCGCUGAGCAGAUCACGGGCGUGGGUGGAAUUCUCGAUGGCCAGACAAUGGACACGUGGCUUGUGACCAAGAAGCCUGUGGGACUCACGCAGAAGGAUGGUCAAAGGACGUUCUAUCUUCGUUCGCACAUUCUUGGCGGGGAGCCAAAAUUAUCCUCUUCCGGCCCCUGGAGCGAUUUGGCGUGGUUGAAUCUCUCUGAGCUGGAGGAACGACUCAAAGCUCAAGGCGAUGAACCUCUGUGGGAUGGAGUCAAAGCUAUUUUCGGUGUACCAAAGAUCCCAACAUCCGAGCUGGGCUUCGACGAGGCAAGCUUGGAAGUAUGA